AUGGCAUCCAACCCCGAGAAGCAACGCGGCAUCCACGGCUCCUGGAUUGAAAACGCCGAAUGGUGGGACACCACAAUGGGCCUUGACGGGAAUAAAUACUGGCAGCAGCUUCAGAAGCCCAGUCUAGAGAGGCUAGUUCCCGUACAGCCGGGCAGCAGGGCCCUCGAUCUCGCCACGGGCAACGGCCUCGUGGCGCGCUGGCUCGCAGGCAAAGGCGCCUCCGUCACCGCAUCCGACGGCAGUGAAGAAAUGAUCAAGCACGCCGCGCGGAGAAGCUCGCCCGACGAGGCGGACCGGAUCUCGUAUCGCGUUCUGGAUGUGACUCUGCCCGAGGCCUUUGAGGACCUUGUCAAAUCAGAGUCGGCUGUGAGAAAGCCCCCAGCCGAAUAA